AUCGACAUUUGAAGACGCACAAAUUGCUGAGGAUGCAGAUCUUCGUCAAGACCCUCACGGGCAAGACUAUCACCCUUGAGGUGGAGUCAUCCGACACCAUCGACAAUGUCAAGUCCAAGAUCCAGGACAAGGAGGGCAUCCCACCGGACCAGCAACGCUUGAUCUUCGCCGGCAAGCAGCUCGAGGAUGGCCGCACCCUGAGCGACUACAACAUCCAGAAGGAGUCGACUCUGCACUUGGUGUUGCGUCUGCGUGGUGGUAUGGCCAAGAAGCGCAAGAAGAAGGUCUACACUACACCCAAGAAGAUCAAGCACAAGCGCAAGAAGACCAAGUUGGCUGUGCUUAAGUACUACAAGGUGGAUGGUGACGGCAAGAUCGAGCGUCUGAGGAGAGAGUGCCCAGCAGAGACUUGCGGUGCCGGUAUCUUCAUGGCUGCCAUGCACAACCGCCAGUACUGCGGUCGCUGCCACCUGACCUACGUUUUCGACGACCCAAAAUAGACUGAAGGAAAUGGAUUUGUGCCGAGCGUUUAGCGGUUCCCACGACAGGAAGGUGCCCUAGAUCAUUGGGCGGCUCCGCGCUGCUGGAGUCACAUCAAGGUAGCUGUCACAAUACAAACAGUCUGUCGAAAUCAUGUUUGCUCCUAGAUUACCAAAGGCGUCGCUACUCAGCCGUCAUGGCGUGCAGCCAUCAAGUCUUCGCAACAGCAGAACUCCUCGAAGCAAUCCUCCUUCACCUACCAAUCCGCGACGCCAUCCUAGCCCAACGCCUCUGCACUGCGUGGCGCAACGCCAUCACCUCCUCGGCCAAACUACAACGCGCUCUUUUCCUCCGCCCAGCACGAGAAAACUCAUCCACC